UAUAAAGUGCGCGCUCCGCGCUGCGAGCGCCGGGGCUGGCGCCUGGCUCUUGUUUCUCCUCCACCCAGCGCUACGCGCGCCGCCUGCCUCUGCUCGCGGUGCCGUAGCCACCUCCGCUGGGCUCAGUCCCGGGCUUCAGUGCUCUGUGCGAAGCCCUGGCCCAGGCGGCCGGGGCAUGGGCCAGGGACGCGGGGUGAGGCGGCUUCCCGCAGGGCCGUGACCAGCCUUGACUUCAGCAUGAAGACCCUCAUUGCCGCCUACUCUGGGGUCCUGCGAGGUGAGCGUCGGACCAAAGCUGCUCGGAAUGAGGGCGCCAAUGGAGGAUCUGCCCUGUCCACCAAGGGCUCUGGGAGAUGGGGUACUGGUUCCAGCAUCCUCUCCGCCCUCCAGGAUCUCUUCUCCAUCACCUGGCUUAAUAGGUCCAAGGUAGAAAAGCAGCUGCAGGUCAUCUCAGUACUACAGUGGGUCCUGUCCUUCCUCGUGCUGGGAGUGGCCUGCAGUGCCAUCCUCAUGUACACCUUCUGCACUGACUGCUGGCUCAUAGCUGUGCUCUACUUCACCUGGCUGGCAUUUGACUGGAACACACCCAAGAAAGGUGGCAGGAGAUCACAGUGGGUACGAAAUUGGGCUGUGUGGCGCUACUUUCGAGACUAUUUUCCCAUCCAGCUGGUGAAGACACACAAUUUACUGACCACCAGGAACUACAUCUUUGGAUACCACCCCCAUGGCAUCAUGGGCCUCGGUGCCUUCUGUAACUUCAGCACAGAAGCCACUGAAGUAAGCAAGAAGUUCCCUGGAAUAAGGCCCUACCUGGCCACACUGGCUGGCAACUUUCGGAUGCCUGUGCUGCGGGAGUACCUGAUGUCCGGAGGCAUCUGCCCUGUCAACCGGGACACCAUAGACUACUUGCUUUCAAAGAAUGGGAGUGGUAAUGCCAUCAUCAUUGUUGUGGGGGGUGCAGCCGAGUCCCUGAGCUCCAUGCCUGGCAAGAAUGCUGUCACCCUGCGGAACCGAAAAGGCUUUGUGAAGCUGGCCCUGCGCCAUGGAGCUGACCUGGUUCCCACCUACUCCUUUGGGGAGAACGAGGUAUACAAGCAGGUGAUCUUCGAGGAGGGCUCCUGGGGCCGAUGGGUCCAGAAGAAGUUCCAGAAGUACAUAGGCUUCGCUCCCUGCAUCUUCCAUGGCAGAGGCCUCUUUUCCUCAGACACCUGGGGGCUGGUGCCCUACUCCAAGCCCAUCACUACUGUUGUGGGUGAGCCCAUCACCAUCCCCAAGCUGGAGCAUCCAACCCAGCAGGACAUCGACCUGUACCACGCCAUGUACAUGGAGGCCCUGGUGAAGCUCUUUGACAAGCACAAGACCAAGUUUGGCCUCCCAGAGACUGAGGUCCUGGAGGUGAACUGAUUUAGCCCUUGGGGGCCAGCUACCGGAAGGAACCCGGCUGCAAAUCGUGCUUUUUGUUCUGUAAAUUUGGAAGCGUCAUGGGUGUCUGUGGGUUAUUUAAAGAAAUUAUAAUUUGUUAAACCAUUACAAUGUUAGGUCUUUUUUAAAGAAGAAAAAAUAUUUCAAGGUCUUUUACUUCCAGUCUGCCCUGCUCUAGGUGGUGGUCAACACAGCUGGGCCUUUAUGGUUUCUCAACCAACCCUUCUUCUUCCCCUCCCAAAUGACAGAGAAGGCUCAGUUCUGAUUAAUUGGGGGAAGAAGGACAGCCAUUAAUGACUCAGGCCAGUUAGAUGAUUUGCUCUUUGCUCCUAGGGAUGAGAGGCAAAAGCCACUUCUGACCCAGACACCUCUGUUCCCACCACCCCAUGCUUGACUACAGGACAGGUCCUUCUUGAUGAGGGGAAGAUGCAGAGGGUGCAGUUAUUUGGGAGGGCAGUGGUGGGCAUCAGGAAUGCUUCUCUGCCUGCUUCAGCCUACCCCCAGUCUCGCAAAUCUGAGCCUGGACUGGCCUCCAGUGAUACUGUCCCAGAGGCACCCUAUCUUGGAUUAUCCAGUCACACAUGCAGUUGGAGAGACUGUUGCUCAGGAGGCCGAUGGCACAGGUUCCAUACACUCAGCUUUAGCCUGGAGCAUGUCCUUCCCAGUGGCCUCACUCUACCUGAGUCAUGCCCCAAGUUUGGUGUGAGGAAGAAUUCCUCUUCUGUUCACAGAGGGGCUUGGCCUCCUGUGCAACACUGGGUCCAGAUUGAAGGCCCCCAAACCCGAUCCUCACAUAUAUGUGCCUUUCUGAGGGGGGGGUGGUCUGUGGAGGAAACCUAGCCCCUCCUUUUUGUGUUAUGUUUUCUCUCCAUGAGAUCAUUGUACCAUGUCAGUCUUUUGUAUAUUCCUAGACAAAUAAAUGGAAACAAGAACCCUCAGGCA